CAAGCUCCUAGAGCUUGGUAUGACAAAUUAAGUCAAUUCUUGAUUGAUAAUGAUUUUCACAGAGGUAACGGUGACAAAACCCUUUUCAUCAAAAACUCUGGUGGGCAUACUCUUUUAGUCCAAGUCUAUGUAGAUGACAUCAUUUUUGGUUCUACUUGUCCAAAACUAUGCUCUGAAUUUGAAAAUAACAUUAAGGGAGCUUUUGAAAUGAGUUUGAUGGGGAACUAAACUUCUUUCGUGGUCUCCAAGUCAAACAAACCAACUCUGGAACUUUAAUAAAUCAAAGCAAGUAUCUAAAAACAUGUUGAAGCGCUUUAAUCUUGGCAAUCUUAAGGCCCGUUCGACUCCUAUGGGGUCCUCCCUUAAGCUUUCAAAAGAUGAGUCAGGAAAAAGCGUAGACAAUAAACUCUAUAGAGGAAUGAUAGGGUCACUCUUAUACCUGACAGCCAGUAGACCAGACAUAAUGUACAUCGUAUGUGUUUUUGAAAGAUUUCAAAGCAAUCCAAAAGAAAGUCACUUGUAUGCAGUUAAAAGGAUCUUCCGGUAUUCGGCUGGCUCACCUGAUUUAGGACUCUGGUUCUCUCAAAGGUCUAGUCUAGAACUUGUCAGUUAUAUAGACUCUGAUUAUGCAGGGUGCUCAGUUGAUCGUAGGAGCACGUCUGGUGCAUGUCAUUUCAUAGGAUCUUCCUUAGUGUCUUGGUCUAGCAAGAAACAAAACUAUGUAGCCUUAUCAACUGCAGAAGCAGAAUAUAUUGUUGCUGGUUUCUGCUGUACUCAGUCACUUUGGUUAAAAUAUCAACUCCUAGAUUAUGGAAUUUCCCUAGGCUCCCUCCCUAUUCUUUGUGACACAACAAGUGCCAUAAAAAUGACAAAAAAUCAUGUUCAGCACUCUCGAACAAAACAUAAAAAUGACAAAAAAACGUGCUAACUAUUCACAAUGACUUGCACGAAAUGAAUUGAUCAAGCUUUUUGGCGCCGUUGUCGUGGACCAUUAGUAACUAUUAGAAAUCCAUCGAGUUUUUAUUUUAGCCUUUAUUUUUUUGUUUUUUUUUUGUUGUGUUUUUGUUACUUUAGUAGUUUUUAUCGUUUUGUGUUUUUUCAUCCAACUUUGUGCAUCACGAGUUAUUGAGGUUGUGUCUUGUAUUACUUUUGUAUACGAAGAAGGGACUCUUUGGAGAUAGUACCUUUUGAUACAAAAAUUGAGAGAACCUUUUGGAAUCUAAGAAGAGUUGUGAGACAUCAAUCUCCACUAAUGGCGGAUCAACAACAACAAACUCAUGUUCCACAAAGGCCUGGAACAAUGGGAUCUCACUCAAGGCCAAGUGUUGAUAAUGUUCAAUCACCUAUUCUUCACCCAACAGUGCCAAACAACUACAAUGAGAUUAAGUCGGGCACAAUUUUGAUGCUUCAAAGUGUGGUUCAAUUCAAUGGGAGGAUGAGUGAAGAUGUUCACGCACAUAUCAAGUCGUUCUACGAGUUGACGGAUGGAAUCAAGAUAAACGGGAUUCCUCAAGAGGCAAUUCGUCUAAGGUUAUUUUCGUUUACUUUAAAUGGAGCGGCAAAGCAAUGGUUGAAUAAACAUCCCCAUCAUUCCAUCAUCUCGUGGGAUCAUCUUUGCAACAAGUUCUUCGCAAGGUACAUUCCACCUUCCAAGACGGCUCUAAUAAGAAGCGAGAUUACUAUAUAUUUCCCUCAAGAGGAGGAUGAACCUUUGUUCGAAGCAUGGGAAAGGUUUACAUAUCUCCUACUCAAAUUUCCACACCAUGGCAUCGCCGAUUGAUUAUAAGUGGAAAGCUUCUAUAAUGGUUGAACAAGGGAGUCAUGCCACCUGAUCGAUGCGGCUAGUGGAGGUGCCAUAAGAAACAAGGAAGUCGGUGAACUUCAAAGAUUGAUUGAAGAAAUGGCCUUAAAUAGCUACGAUUGGGGGCGCGGGGGGGAGGCAAGAGUGUGAUGAAGGAAAUUUUAUUGAAGAUUGAAGACCCAACAUCGUUAGCGGCUCAUAUACAAGAACUUUCCAAGAAAAUUGAUCAAGCUGCAUCAUCAAUAAAAGGCAAUGGGAAGCAACUCAUGAAAUGUGGUUGGUGUGGUGACUCGAAUCAUACAAUGGAGGAUUGUAAGUCUAUGAUUGAGGCCUCAAUACAAUUUGAGCAAGCCAACUUUGUUGGAGGGAAAUCCCGAGGAAACAACCCUUAUAGCUCUCCAUAUAAUCCGGGUUGGAGGAACCAUCCUAACUUUCUUUGGUCUUCACCAACGGAUAGAAAUCCUCCACGAUUUCAAUUUCAAGCGCCUAUGCAAAGUGCUUAUCUAAGGCCGAGUCAACCUCGUACUAAGAGGCGUAUUAAGAACAAAGUCGACCCUCCAAUGGUCGAGUCUCUAAACUUAAAGAGUUGGUAGAUCAAUUUGUUACACACUCCAACAAGAAGUUUGAGGCUAUUGACAAAUUCAUAGAGGAUACUAUGACCAAAUUCUCAAGAUUGGAAGCGGGUCAAAGGAAUCAACAAGUUUCACUUCAAAAUCUUGAAGCCUAACUAAGCUCAUUGGCACAAGCUCUAUCAUAAAGACCACAAGGAACUUUAUCGGGCAAUACAAACCUAAGCCUAAGGAGGGAUGUCAUGCGGUAACUCUAAGGAGUGAUCGACCUUUGAAGGAGGUUCUUAUCUCAACACCAAGGAUACCGGUAAGAGAAGUUCAACAUGAAGAUAUUCAAGAAGAAGAGUCAGUUCGGGAAGAUGUGCAAACUACUAUCGAAAUCAAGAUUGAAGACGAGGAGACAUAUAAGAAGACUCAAGCACCCGAUCCAACACCAAAAGCUCCUUAUCCAAGACGGUUAUUUGAAAGUGAUAUAUAUAUAUAUCAUGAAGGUGCUCCGUGGAAGGAUACCUUGAAGAAAUUGAAGGUAACGGUCCCCUUUUGAGACAUGGUUAUGAAGAUUCUGAAUUAUACUAAGUUCUUGAAAGAAAUAUUGUUGGGAAAGAGGAAAAUGGAAGAAGUUACCAUGGUAUCCAUUAGUAAAGUUGCUUCGGCAUCCAUCGGAUAUGAAGGCUUCCCUCCAAAAUUAAGAGAUCCGGGAAUUUUCACUAUUCCAUGCACCUUCGGGAUCAAAACCUUUUGGAAUACGCUAGCAUAUUUGGGGUCUAGUAUCAAUAUUAUGCCUACAAGAAUAUACAAUGAGUUAGAUCUUGGACCACUCAUACCUACAAAAAUGCGGAUUGAGUUGACCAAUAGAUCCAUUGUCGAGCCAAGAGGAGUCAUAAAGAAUGUCUUGGUGAAGUUUUCCCAUUUUGUUUAUCCUGUGGACUUUGUGGUUCUCAACACGGAAGGGUGUGAUGCAUCGAUAAUCCUAGGAUGACCAUUCUUAGAUACGACAAGGACCAUUAUCGAUGUUACUGGGAGCAAGAUCACCCUAAGGUUUGGAGAGGAAGAGAUAAGCUACAAGAUGACUCCAAUCCCCAAUUUUCACAAGUAUUACAAAUGUGAUGAUGUCAAAAUGGAUUGUGAGCCGAUUACCCCUCCUACCACUCCGCCUUCAAGACCUAUGAUAGAAUGGUUCAAUAUGGUCUCUCAUGUUGACCCUCAUGAUUGAAGAGUUGAAGGUGUGAGUGAUUCUUGCGAGAUUAUGAAGACAUCGGGUAAAGAAAAGUUAAGUUUCUUU